CAAGCUCAGGUGAUGUCGUCAUCGCGUCUACUAUCGCUCGAAUUCUCGUAGCUUGACGACGCGUGUAUCUGUCAGAGUGAAGCAAGAUGAGCUCCUAUAUCGUGAUGUUCCAUGACGACACGUCAGACGACGUGGUCAAGCAGACCAAGAAGGAGAUUACCGACUUUGGCGGCAAGAUUAACAAGGAAGACUUUGGCUUUGUUCUCCCCGGCGCAUUCGAAGCGACAAUACCCGAUCAGACUUUCCAAAAGCUGCAGUCGUCCAUCUCGACGAGCGCAACUUCAGGUCUCAAAGUGAUCGAACCCAACGGGACAGUGAAGAUCCAAGCAUGAUGAUGCUCAUUGGGACAACAAUAUGCGGCUCGAACCACGAGAGAGAGAGGAAUAGGAGGGUCUACUGUCUUGCAAAGUAGGCUUUUGU